AUGUUGGUCCCUCAUCGACAAACCGGCCUAACUCUCCCAUCAAAGCAACCCCCAAUAUCAAUCCCGGACACAGAUAGCUCCGCUGGGGCACCGCCGCCGCCUGAAGUAUCCAAGAAUAACGACGACGUGAACGACCGCUCUAUCCCAGCCCCAGCCAAGCAGAACAAGCUAAAACUCCCUAACUUCUACGAGCCGCCCGUUCCUUAUCCCCCUCCCCAGCACCCACAUGCCCAAUUCGGCAUCUCUUACUCCCCCUACAAAGCAGACCGCACCUGCAAGACCCAGGAAGAAGUAAACCAAGACCUAGACAGAAUUCCCGAAUAUUCCUUCGUCCGCAUAUAUGGCACAGACUGCGACCAAACAAGAAUAGUAUCCAAGGCCGCCCGACGACACAACAUGCGCGUUUUCGCCGGCGUCUACGACCUAACCGAUUUUCCAGGAAGCCUGAGCGCCUUCGGCGACGCCGUAACAGGCCCAGAUGGCAAAAAGGACUGGUCCAUCUUCCACACCAUCUCCAUUGGCAAUGAGCUUGUAAAUGCCGGCACCAACUCCCCCGGCGACGUCGCGGCCGCUGUGAAAAAGGCACGUUCUGUGCUCCGCGCACAGGGCUAUAAUGGCCCGGUCGUCACAGUCGAUACCUUCUCCGUCCUGCUCGACCACCCGGAACUCUGCCAAGUCUCCGACUACUGUGCUGCAAACUGCCAUGCUUUCUUCGAUCGUACCCAGCGGCCUGCUGGUGCUGGUCCGUAUGCGCUCGCGCAGGCGCGUAGUAUAUCUGCUCGGGCUGGCGGGAAGCGGACUAUGAUCACCGAGUCGGGGUGGCCGCAUGGUGGGGAUUCAAAUGGGGGUGCUAUCCCUUCUGCGGAGAAUCAGCGGCUGGCUGUCGCGAGUUUGAGGAAGAGUUUUGAUCACCGGAGGGAGGAUUUGGUGCUUUUUACUGCUUUUGAUGAUUUGUGGAAAGAUGAUAAUAGGUUCACUUUCAAUGCAGAAAGGUUUUGGGGGAUCCAUGGGGGUUUGUAG